AUGACGAAUAUUAAGGUUGAUGGCGAAGAAAUUGACGAGAGCUUGUACUCUCGUCAAUUGUACGUAUUAGGUAAAGAAGCGAUGUUAAAGAUGCAACAUUCGAACGUUUUGAUCAUUGGGUUAAAAGGUUUAGGUGUCGAGAUUGCCAAGAACGUUGUCUUGGCCGGUGUUAAGUCUUUAACCCUUUAUGAUCCAAGCGCUGUCGCUUUACAGGAUCUUUCUACGCAGUUUUUCCUGUCAGAACAAGAUAUUGGGCAAGCUAGAGAUAAAGUAUCACAGGCAAAAUUAGCCGAAUUAAACUCAUACGUGCCAGUGAAGGUGCUAGAGGGGCUAGAAGACGUGUCACAAUUGUCUGAAUUCCAAGUAGUUGUUGUGACAGACACGAUUUCACUAGAAGAAAAGGUGAAGUUGAAUGAGUAUACACACUCUCACGGUAUCGGUUUCAUUUCUACGGAGACCCGUGGGUUAUUUGGUAACGUUUUCGUCGAUUUAGGUGAAGAAUUUACCGUUAUUGAUACUACUGGUGAAGAGCCAAAGACAGGUAUUGUUUCUGAUAUCGAGUCGGAUGGUACAGUGACCAUGUUGGACGAUAACAGACAUGGGUUAGAAGAUGGCAAUUACGUCAAAUUCUCCGAGGUGGAAGGUCUUGAGAAGUUGAAUGAUGGUACUCCUUACAAGGUCGAGGUGUUGGGUCCGUUCGCAUUCAAGAUUGGUUCUGUUAAGGAUCUUGGUACAUACAAGAAAGGUGGUCUGUUCACCGAGGUCAAGAUGCCACAGAAAUUAACGUUCAAGUCUUUAAGGGAAUCUUUGGCAACACCAGAGUUCCUGUACUCGGAUUUCGCCAAAUUCGAGACUACUGCACAAUUACACUUGGGUUUCCAGGCCCUACAUCAGUUCCAAGUUAGACAUCAAGGUGAAUUGCCAAGGCCAUUUUAUGAAGAAGAUUCUAAUGAAUUAGUUAAACUCGUUAUAGAUUUAGCUACACAACAACCUGAAGUGCUGGGUUCUGAGGGGAAAGUUGAUGAAAAGCUCAUCACAGAACUAGCUAACCAAGCAAGAGGUGAUAUUCCAGGUAUCGUUGCUUUCUUCGGUGGUCUGGUUGCUCAAGAAGUGUUAAAGGCCUCCUCCGGUAAGUUCACUCCUAUUAAACAGUACAUGUAUUUCGAUUCCAUCGAAUCUCUACCAGAUUCUGAAGAUUUCCCAAGAAAUGCAGAUACCACGAAACCAAUCAACUCUCGUUACGAUAACCAAAUUUCCGUAUUCGGUUUGGAAUUCCAAAAGAGAAUCGCAAAUUUGAAGGUAUUCCUAGUGGGUUCAGGUGCGAUCGGUUGUGAGAUGCUCAAGAAUUGGGCUUUACUAGGUUUGGCUUCUGGCCCUGAAGGUAAAAUUAUUGUUACCGACAAUGACUCAAUUGAAAAGUCGAAUUUGAAUCGUCAAUUCUUGUUCAGACCAAAGGAUGUCGGCAGAAAUAAAUCUGAAGUUGCUGCUGAUGCUGUAAGUGCAAUGAAUCCUGAUUUGAAGGGCAAGAUCGAGCCAAAGAUUGACAAAGUUGGUGCUGAAACAGAGAAUAUUUUCAACGAUGCUUUUUGGAAUCAAUUAGACUUCGUUACCAACGCAUUGGAUAAUGUGGAUGCUCGUACCUAUGUCGACCGUCGUUGUGUGUUCUACAAGAAACCUUUACUAGAAUCGGGAACAUUGGGGACAAAGGGUAAUACACAAGUGGUUAUCCCUAACCUGACAGAAUCUUAUUCAUCUUCAAGAGACCCUCCUGAAAAGUCAAUCCCAUUGUGUACAUUGCGUUCAUUCCCUAAUAAGAUUGAUCACACUAUCGCUUGGGCCAAAUCCCUAUUCCAAGGCUACUUCUCUGACGCAGCUGAAAAUGUUAACCUAUACUUGACGCAACCAAACUUCGUAGAACAAACUUUGAAACAAGCCCCAGAUGCCAAAGGUAUCUUAGAAUCAAUUAGUGAUUGUCUAAACAAUAGACCUUACAACUUUGAAGAUUGUGUCAAAUGGGCAAGAUUAGAAUUUGAAAAGAAGUUUAGUUAUGAUAUCCAACAGUUUCUUUACAACUUCCCUAAGGAUGCAACAACAUCCACCGGGGAGCCAUUCUGGUCUGGUCCAAAGCGUGCCCCUGAACCAUUAGUCUUCAAUAUCGAAAACCCAGAUCACUUCCACUUCAUCGUUGCAUCUGCUAACUUGCGUGCGUUCAAUUAUGGUCUAAAGGGAGAUGAUGGUAAACCAGACAUUAACUACUAUCAAUCCGUCCUAUCAAAGCUUAUAGUUCCUGAAUUUAUUCCAAAAGCUGACAUCAAAAUUCAAACCAAUGACGAUGAACCAGAUCCAAACGCGAACAACCAGCUUGGUGGCGAUGUCUUAGAAAACUUGGCAGCUUCUUUGCCAGAUGCUUCUACCUUAGCUGGUUUCCAACUAAUCCCAGUUGAAUUUGAAAAGGAUGACGAUACAAACCAUCAUAUUGAGUUCAUUACUGCUGCAUCGAACAACCGUGCUCUAAACUACUCUAUCGAACCAGCUGAUCGUCAAAAGACUAAGUUCAUUGCUGGCCGUAUCAUUCCUGCCAUCGCUACAACCACUGCUUUGGUUACAGGAUUGGUCAACCUAGAACUAUACAAAGUCGUCGCUGGAAAGACAGAUAUUGAACAAUACAAGAACGGGUUUGUGAAUUUAGCUCUUCCAUUUUUCGGUUUCUCAGAACCAAUCGCAUCACAAAAGGGUAAAUACAAUGAUAAGACUUUCGAUAAAAUAUGGGAUAGAUUCGAUAUUCAAGGUGAUAUCACAUUAAGAGAGUUGAUUGAUCACUUCAACAAGGAAGAAGGAUUGGAAAUUACAAUGGUCUCCUACGAUGUUUCUUUACUAUACGCAUCAUUCUUCCCUCCAAAAAAACUAAAGGAUAGAAUGGAUCUUCCAAUAACUGAGGUUGUAAAAUUAGUCACGAAGAAGGAAAUCCUCAGUCACGUUAAGACCAUGAUUUUGGAAUUCUGUUGUGAAGAUAAGGAAGGUGAAGACGUGGAGGUUCCAUAUGUCACCGUCCAUUUGUAA